GGCGGGGCUUCGCCGUGACGUCGCUUCGCCGUGACGUCGCGCGCGGCCGGCCGGGCCGGGCAGUGCCGUCCGUGUCUCGCGGCGCCGGGUCGGGAUGCAGCGGGCGGCGGCGGCGGCGCGGGGGCUGCUCCCCUCGGGGCGGGCGCGCUCGGCCGCGGCCCGGGCCCCGCCGCGGGGGCUGCUCUACGGGCGGCACGGGGAGCCGGCGGCCGUGCUGCAACUAAGAGACCUAGAGGUGGCCAAGCUGGGGGAGUCUGAUGUUCACGUCAAGAUGUUAGCAGCCCCGAUCAAUCCGGCAGACAUCAAUAUGAUCCAAGGGACGUACGCCAUCCUCUCCGAGCUGCCGGCGGUCGGGGGCAACGAAGGCGUUGGCCAAGUGGUGGAGGUCGGCAGUCGCGUGACAUCCGUGAAACCUGGCGACUGGGUGGUCCCAGCGGAUACUGGACUCGGGACGUGGCGGACGGAGGCAGUGUUCCCCGAAGAGACCCUGCUGCAAGUGCCCAGUGACAUCCCCCUGCUCUGCGCCGCCACCCUGAGCGUCAACCCCUGCACAGCGUACAGGAUGCUGGCCGACUUCGAGACCCUGAGGCCAGGCGACUCCGUCAUCCAGAACGGUGCCAACAGCGGCGUGGGCCAGGCCGUGAUCCAGAUCGCAAAAGCCUCCGGCAUCAGGACCAUUAACGUGGUCCGAGACAGACCUGAUCUCCCAAAGCUGGUGGAGAGACUGAUGUCCCUCGGUGCAGACCACGUCAUCACAGAAGAGAUGCUGAGAAAGCCAGACAUGAAAGACUUAUUUAAGAGCAUCCCGAAGCCUCGGCUUGCCCUGAACUGCGUCGGAGGGAAAAGCACUACUGAGAUGCUGCGGCACUUGCAGCCCAAAGGGACCGUGGUCACCUACGGAGGAAUGGCAAAGCAGCCUGUGAUGGUCCCUGUGAGCGCAUUCAUCUUCAAGGAUGUGAAGCUUCGUGGAUUCUGGAUGACCCAGUGGAAGAAAGACCAAAUGCACAACAAGGACAGCCUGAAGAGCAUGGUACAGAGCUUGUGCGAGCUCAUUCGGAAAGGGCAGCUCACCGCUCCAGCGUGCACGGAGGUCCCGCUCGAGGACUACAGGACAGCCCUGGAGGCCUCCAUGAAGCCGUUCACAUCAUCUAAACAGAUACUCGUCCUGUGACUCCCCGAGCCAAGGGAGGGCUCGGGUGCAGCAGCAGGCUGAAGUGCAGCUGCUUCCCAUCACACUGGACCCUGCAGCUGGAUCCCAGCUGCCUUGCAAACACUUCCUUUGCUAUGUUGUCUGCAGGGGAAGGUACUAAGGGGGAAAAAAACCCUCUAGAUCCAUCCACUUUUUGCCCACUUAAAGUUUUAAAAGCCUCUGCAACUUUGCAAAAAUGGCACUACGAGAGCAGGUUAUAAUUGCUUUUGGAGAGAGAUUCCAACCUUGCUUUAGCUUAGCUUAGUUUCAUUGCACUGGAAAGCUCAGGGUGUUGAGGCAGCUGUUGCAGGAACUGCAGACAGGGAUGACGGCAGGCGAUCAGGCAGCCAAGGAUACAAGGAGCAGAAGUUCCCAGUCGGGCGUGUUUGCGUGAUGGGGAGAGCGCUGGGUUUGCUCUGCCACCCGGGAUGGCUGAUCGCUGCCUUUUGCCUCAUUUACUAGCUCUAACCUGCGUUCUGCUGUUUGUAUGGCCGUCACCGCCAGGUGAUUCAGGCUGUUCUCAGGUCGCUUUGCAGGGACUCAGCUGUGCCACAGCCCCAAGCAGUGCCUGGCUCCACGCUCGCUCCGGGGAGGCAGUGGUUGCCCGGGCAGAGCAAUGUGAGACUCUUCCUGGGCACCAGCUGCUGGUUGGGACCUACCAUAGGGACGGGUACCACUGGCAUGAGCAGGAUGGUGUUGAGGUGGCCGCAAUACAUGCCUGCAUAUUGCUUUGAUCAAGUCGUCAUCGCGGAUUAAACGCAUCGAGACAGAGGGUCGGAUGUGAACGAGAACUUUAAAGCGCUGGCUGAGGGUUACAGGUCACCCGGUGCCAGCAGGCAGCUCUGCUAACGCAGCCCCUCUCGGCUUGCAUGCGUGAACUGCGUGCUCCUCCAGGCGCCUUUCCUCCGUCGGGAGCAGCAGCUCCGUCUUUGCAAGCCUCGAGGUUGAACCGCUGAGCCGGGCGGAUGCCAGGGGGACGUGCGAUCGUCUGAAAGCAUCGCGCCUUCUCCGGGGAGGACGGGCUGCGGCGCGAUGGGACGGGCAGCUCUCUCCGCCACUGGCGUCAGUCACUCUCCGAGAUGGAUGAGCCGGAGCGGGGACAAAUGGAGCAGGUCAGCAGGUGUCCAGUGCAAACCAUGAGGAUGAGCCCGCUCCCUGGAAGAGGAAGGCGCAUGUAAGGCUGAGCAAGCAUUUGCCAUCCGUGACCCUCAUGGCAUUACCAGGGGGCCGAGAGCCAGGUCGGCAGACACGCUACCCUGGGCAGGCUCAGGUCUGAAGGGCUUUGCCCAGAGAAAAAGGCCUGGAAAAUGGCAGAAAAACAGGCAGAAAUGAAGGCUUACCGAGCGCCAGCCACCACUGCCACACCAGCGGGAACUGUCCCAUCACUGCAAGACAGAGCAGACGUCUCAGGGAGCACCCGGACUCACGGCCCCACGUUUGAGCCAGGGACGGGACUCACCUCCUGGUUCACAGCUGAAUUUCACUGGUGCCUUGGCCCCGGGUGCUGGGUCCAAGGCCUUGGCAGGAGACCAGCCCCCUGUGUUGCCCUUGUUUGGAGUCUCAAAUGCGUGUAGGAGGGGGGUGGCUUUCUGCAGUACCUUGACUUGAAUUAAUUUUUGCUGCUGUUACUGAUGAUUGUGAAAUUUGCAGAAAAAUCUCUUUGAAAUCAAUGUUUAGCUUUUUUUUUUAAGAUGCUGCCAAUAAAUUUUUCUGUGAUCAGA